CCACCGGUAAUAUCUUACCCAGAUAGAACUGGCGUAGAAACAUCAGAUCAAUCAGCUACUUUCGAACACUACUCUUGCGCGCUUUAUUUCCUAGGACAAUUAUCAUUUCCAAGGUUUAUUCAAAGACUUCACGUUUGUGCUUGUAUUUGCGGCAGUUUCAGAACGAUAUGGCAGAAUUCGCCAUCGCGCUCGAUGAACCGGACUCCAUAACUGGUGAAAGCACCCACAUCUCUGCCAAGAUGGCAGGAUAUGGUGAGAUCGUACUGGGCUUUCGACGUACUUGCAAGGUUCCCAACAAUGACGAGGAGUUCUACGCCCCAGAUCUGGGACCCUACCCAUUGUACGAUGUCAAAAAGUACAAUGGUCUUCCCAGAUCAAUCUUGCAAGCUGGAGGGUGGUUCAUUGCUAUGCGAGAUGCCUAGGUAACGAAGCAAUGUGCCUCAAGUUGGGCUCCAAUCGAAAGUUUAAUGUAAUAGUCGGAUCGGAUACCUCAAGGAAAGCACACUGUAUUGUCCUUGGGUCCCAAUACCUUCAUGGAUUACCGGAUAGCGAUGAUCCACAAUAUGUCCGACAGUUCGUUGCAGCACCUGCUUCUCACAGAUCUCAGAUAAACCCAAGUGACGAACCCUUCGUGGAUGAUUUAUCGCUCGCUAUCAGAGCACCGAAAGCUGUGGUGAACCAGGCUGGGAUCAUCGUCAAAACACCGGAUAAGAGAGAUAUCCAUAUUCAGAUCGAUGAUAUCACUACAGUUAUCCAGCUCAAAUUAAGAAUAGAACGCGAAACGGGUAUAGCCGAAGAUAGCCAAAGGCUCAUAGUUGGUGCAAAGCAGCUGGUAGACAACACUACUCUGAGCAGCAAUGGUGUUAAGGAGGGUACCAUCGUUCACCUGGGUCGGAGAAUGACUGGGGGAGGAUUCUUCGCGCGCCUACCAGCGUUUUUCGCAAGCCAUAAGAUGAUCUUAAAAUCGGGCGGCCGUAUCUUACAACCUGAAGCAUGGAAAGAGGAAGAAGAAGCGCAGACCUCCUGGCCGACUAUUGAUCACGGAAAACCUACCAACACGCCAUCGGGAGGAUACAAUCCUUAUGGGCUCAUCCUGCUUAAGAAUGCAGAACACCAGUCUAACGAAACUCGUGGUCAAGGCUCGAAGAGCAAGGUACGGUGGUGGCGUAGGGUAUUCCAGAAAUCAAAGGAGACGUAACACUUAUCAACGUGUCUAUGUUUGAAGCUGCUCUUAGAAGAUGCCCAGGUGUGUUGCCAAAAUGCUUGCCCCACUCUGCCAUGGCUCCGCAAACGCGCGGACACCAUUGGCUGC